UCCAGUGCCUCACAUGUGCUAGGCAAGUGUUCUACCACUGAGCCACAACUCCAGCCCAUCAUUUGUCAUCCUUUCCUAAUACCUAUGCACCAUCAUUAUUGAGCAACAGUGGUUCUAUAUUUUCUUAUGUUGUCCCCUUUGCAUGGAACCAUUGCGUUUCUAUUUCCAAUUUCCUUGUGACUAAUAAACAAACUCACAAUUAAAGAUUCAACUUAGAUUCUCCAAGAACCCUCUUCUGAUCCCUCUAAGUUAGAAUUGAAUACUCUGUCCCAUGUGCUGUUAAUAUUUUAUGUAAAGAAUUCAAUAUGUUUUGUUUCACUUGUAUAUUUGCAUAGAUGUUUUUUGAGCUAGACUGUAAUCUCCUUGAGGGUAGGUACCUCUCAUUCAUCUUUGUAUUCCCAGAAUUUAGUUCAAUGCCUAACACAAAUUUUAUUAAAUGACACAUCUUCCCAAACUCUGUUCUAGUUGAAAUAAUCUAUGUAUGGUCUGAAGAGCCUACUUUUGUUAACAUGUCUUGUUUAGUACUCAAGAGACUGUACAAUGUGGUGGUGGAGAGCAUGGCUUUUGGAGUCAGAAUGGCUGAAUUUGAAUUCUGCUUUAGUUAGUAAUUGUGUGAAUCUUUGCUAAGUGUUCUAAACUCUCCAUGCCUCAGUUUAUCUACACAUAAAAUGGAAAUAAUAAUGACCACCUUUUAAGUAUUGUUGUGAUGAUUAAUCAUGUUUUGACUUACAAAAGUAUAUAUAAAAUUCUUAGAAUAGAAAUUGGGAAAUACUAAGCACUUAGUAAUUUUAGCUAUUAUUUUGAUCAUUACUUCAACUUAAACUUGCUUCUCUUAUUAGCUGAUCUUUUGAGGAAAUAGAAGCCAAAUAAUCAUUUUGAGAAUUAGAGAAAAUAAUAAUUAAAUACUCCAAGAAUCCAGAAACAAUUAAAACCUAGUCAAUAGUAAUUCAUUAACUCCUGUUUUCAAAUUUUUAAUCUUUUUUUCUAUAUAGAUAAGCUAUGGCAGCUCCAGAUUUUGUUUAGUUUUUUAGUCAAACAAGCACAGUUGGUUAAGAAUUUUCCAUUUUUCAGGAGAUUGGCAAUAUUUUUCUGUGGCAUGGUAAAAUUUCUUCUUUCUAGAGUUUGACUAGUAAGAAUAUUGAUUAGACUAUGCAUUUCAAAUUGCUGGAUUUGAUCUAGUUAAAAGAGGAGUGGAAAAACUCAGUGACCAUCAAAAGCAUUAAAGGAAUGACUGUUAUACAGGUAUUUAGUUUCCUUUUAUUUCCAGGUAGGAAUAUUCUCGGGCUAGUGUUUGAGCUAUAUCUACAGGUGGCUAAAUCAAAGUCUCACAUUUUCUUUGCAAUAAGGUUGCCUGAUCAUCACUCUGUACAGAGAUGAGAGGAUUAGGAAGCAGUACCUUUUAUGAAAGCCACUGCACAUACAAGCACACACAAAAUCAUAACAUCACAGGUUAGAAAAAAAUAUUAACAUAAACAGUAGAUCUUAAGUUUAUUUCUUCACUUUUAGAAUGAAAGCACAGAACCUUUGAAUUCAUAGUUACUUAAAGACUGAGGCUAACCUGCUAGCAGCAGGCUAAGAGAUGAGUGCUAACAUCAAGGAACAGCUGUUUCCUUGUUCAAAUAACAUCCCUUUAUGUAUUGUUCUCCACCACCUCCGCCCAAAUAUCUACUCGACCUAUGAAACAAACAAAUCACAUCAUGAGCAGAUAACCCCAGGCUUCAAAUAUGUAAUCUGACUGUGGCCAUCAGCAACCAGAAAUGAGUUUCUUUCUAAUCAGCUUUCCAUCAGUUCUCAGUCACUCAUAUAAAGGAGUCUGGGGAGGGGAGGAUUCUCAUUGCUCUUCAGCACCAGGGUUCUGGACAGCACUCCGAGCAGCCUGCAAAAGCGCUUGUCCUCUUCCUCCCUGCAUCUCCACCAGAGCUUCUAUUGCCCCUGUAGGCUCCCCCUGCUGCUGAGAAAAAAAAUUACAUUGGGAUUCAUGCAGCCAGCAAUGAUGAUGUUUUCCAGUAAAUACUGGGCAAGAAGAGGGUUUUCCUUGGAUUCAGCGGUGCCUGAAGAGCAUCAGCUCCUUGGCAGCUUAACACUGAAUAAAGCUAACUCUAGCAAGAAUGACGACAAGAAAGGCAACAAGGGAAGCAGCAAAAGCAAUACUGCUGCCGAGAGUGGCAAGACAGCUGUCAUUUUCUCCUUGAAAAACGAAGUGGGUGGAUUGGUGAAAGCACUGAGGCUCUUUCAGGAAAAACAUGUCAACAUGGUCCACAUUGAAUCCAGGAGAUCCCGGCGAAGAAGUUCUGAGGUUGAAAUCUUUGUGGACUGUGAGUGUGGCAAAACAGAAUUUGAUGAGCUCAUACAGUUGCUGAAAUUUCAAACCACCAUUGUAACGCUGAAUCCCCCAGAGAACAUCUGGACAGAGGAAGAAGAGCUAGAGGAUGUACUGUGGUUCCCCCGGAAGAUCUCUGAGUUAGACAGAUGCUCUCGCAGAGUUCUUAUGUAUGGUACUGAGCUUGACGCUGACCACCCAGGAUUUAAGGACAAUGUCUAUCGACAGAGAAGGAAGUAUUUCGUGGAUGUGGCCAUGAGUUAUAAAUAUGGUCAACCCAUUCCCAGGGUGGAAUAUACAGAAGAAGAAACUAAAACUUGGGGUAUUGUAUUCCGGGAGCUCUCCAAACUCUAUCCCACUCAUGCUUGCCGGGAAUAUUUGAAAAACUUCCCUUUGCUGACUAAAUACUGUGGCUACAGGGAGGACAAUGUGCCUCAGCUUGAAGAUGUCUCUGUGUUUCUGAAAGAGAGGUCUGGCUUCACGGUGAGGCCGGUGGCUGGCUACCUGAGCCCGCGAGACUUUCUGGCAGGACUGGCCUACAGGGUGUUCCACUGUACUCAGUACGUCCGACAUGGCUCAGACCCGCUCUACACCCCUGAACCAGACACAUGCCAUGAACUCUUGGGACAUGUCCCACUACUUGCGGAUCCUAAGUUUGCUCAAUUUUCACAAGAGAUAGGUCUGGCAUCUUUGGGAGCAUCAGAUGAAGACGUUCAGAAACUAGCCACGUGCUAUUUCUUCACAAUUGAGUUUGGCCUUUGCAAGCAAGAAGGGCAACUGCGGGCAUAUGGAGCAGGACUGCUUUCCUCCAUUGGAGAAUUACAGCAUGCUCUUUCUGACAAGGCCUGUGUGAAAGCCUUUGACCCAAAGACAACGUGCUUACAGGAAUGUCUUAUCACCACCUUCCAGGAGGCCUACUUUGUUUCAGAAAGUUUUGAAGAAGCCAAAGAAAAGAUGAGGGACUUUGCAAAGUCAAUUACCCGUCCCUUCUCAGUAUACUUCAAUCCCUACACACAGAGUAUUGAAAUUCUGAAAGACACCAGAAGUAUUGAAAAUGUGGUGCAGGACCUCCGCAGUGAUUUGAACACAGUGUGUGAUGCCUUAAACAAAAUGAACCAAUAUCUGGGGAUUUGAUGCCUGGAACCAAUGCUGUUGCCAGCAUGAUCUUUUGGGGUUGCAGAAGCAAUUCAGCCAAUGUCAUAUAACACCAAUAACUUUCUGUGUCUUGGCUUGGCUAGUAAGCAUGCAAUUCUGUAUAUCUAUACCUACUUGUAACUUACUGUGUUAAUGUGUGAAACACUGUAAGGAACCCAAUAGCAGAUAACCCUCAUUGUUUGAAAGACUGUAAUAUGUUUAAAUGUCUUAAGUAGCUUUGACAUUCCUGCUUAGCAUCCCUAACCAAACUGCAUCUUCUAAAAUUUGUAACAAGGCACCCUCUUAUGAUUCUAGCUUAUGACCUUUUCUUCCUUGAAUCUGAGCUAUUCUCUGUUCAUUAGAUAAAAUGAAAAUAGCAGUGAAGCAGUUUCUAUUUUCAGUCGUAUCAGUGUUUUUGCAGCAUUAUUCGAGAUAAACUCAGAGUUGUAGGAAACUUCCUAUUACAGUAACAAAAGAUUCAUUGUUCUAUUUCAGAAAUUGUUGAGGUAACACAGUAGUUGAAAUGAUUUGAGAAUGAGUAUUUAUACAAUGUAAGAAAAGAAAACAUUUUACAAACAGGAUAUAUAGGUUGCAUUGACCUUGUAGAAACAGUUGUGGCAAGCUUCCUGAAGUAUUUUGAAGAGGAUACUUCCAGAAAGAAUAUGAGGAGAGAGUAAACACUGGGGAAUAAAUUCUUGGUACUAUGUAUUUCAUGCUGGAAUAAAGUGAAUUAUCAUCUCAAGUGUUUAACCCAUUUCUCUG